AUGAAGGAGAACAAAACAAACAGUAGUAGCACCAUGGAUGUAGAACAUGUUAUUUAUACUUCAGUUGAAGUUUUCAUUGCAUUGUGCUGCUGUUUGGGGAACAUGACGGUUGUUUUGGCUCUGUGGAGAACCAGGAGUGUCCAGCAACCCACCUACUGCCUUUUUGUGUCUCUUGCUGUGGCAGACUUUCUUGUCGGAGCCGUGGCUAUACCUUUGGCUGUGCUGGUAGAUGGCCGGGUUGAAACUGCAUUCCACACUUGUCUUUUCAUCAGCUGUGUGGUCAUCCUCCUAACUCUUGUUUCAGUGCUUUGUCUCACAGCUAUUGCUGUGGACCGUUACCUGCGCCUUGUUUUCCCUUUCUGGUAUAAAAGGACUGUAACCUGGAGGUACUCUUACGCUGUGGCUGCUGCGAGCUGGCUUCUUGCUGUGCCGCUAAGCUUUACUCCCAUGCUCGGAUGGCAUGGAAGUCCAUCCAACUCUACAAAAUGCAUGUUUAUAAAUGUGAUUACCCCAAGCUAUCUGGUGUACUUCAACUUUUUCCUCUGCACCUUAACACCAUUGCUGGUGAUGACUGUAUUGUACAUCUAUAUUUUCUGUAGAAUCCGAGAAAAUCUCAAAGAGAAACCAGGCAACGGGGCCAAAAGCAAGUCACAACAAUACCUAAAGAAAGAGAAACAACUAGCAUCCUCACUGUCUUUGGUCUUGGCUCUGUUUGCACUGUCCUGGCUUCCCCUUCACAUUGUGAACUGCAUGAUACUAUUUGGAAAAGAAAUGUCAGGACCUAACAAAAUAGCAAUCUAUAUCGGCAUUGUUCUUUCUCAUGCUAAUUCGGCCAUAAACCCAGUUGUGUAUGCUUUCAAAAUAAAGAAGAUCAAGAGAGCAUACCUAAAUAUGUGGCAACGCUAUUUUUAUUGUGAAAGAGAAAAUCAAGGAUCUCAGUCCAGCAGGAGUGAUGAAAUUACUUGCAACAAUAACAGUGAAACCAAUGACAAUGAAAAGGCAUAAUCUGUGAACAUGUUAAUGGGUUUGUUUAUAAACCAAUGUUUUUAUUAA